CAUGAAAAAAUUGGAACAAUACAAAGAAGGUUAGCAUGGCCCUUACACAAGGAUGACAUGCUUUUCAGAGUGGAAUGCACUUUGGUGCACAAUAUUUAUUGCUUUCCCUGUGAAUCAGAAUCCUGUCUAUUAUAUUUUGGUUUCUAUUGA